AUGUUUGAUCUUACAAAUCCAUCAACUGAUUUAUAUUCAAAUCCGUAUGUAUCAACAGCAUAUCGACCAUUUCCAUCAGCUCCACCACCUUCAUUUCUAUUCAAUAUACCAACAUCUACUGAUGAUCAACAACAACAACGUUUUACAGAUUUUUCCUCAUAUCCAAAUCCAACACAAGAUCUUAUGACAUAUCCAAUGUUCGAUCCCGAACAGUAUACAAAUAAUCAAUAUCAUUCACGACAUAUUGAUCCAACAAAUCAAACCGCAUUUUUACCAUAUAUAUAUCCAUCAUAUCGUCCUGGACUUCAUUCAACAUCAUCUAAUAAUAUAGUUAAUGAUAAAAAUGACAGUCAUAUUUGUAAAUGGAUUGAUCCUGAUACAAAUCAAAUGUGCAAUCGAAUAUUUUCUCAUAUGCAAGAUAUUGUAACUCAUUUAACUAUUGAACAUGUAAGUGGAUCUGAACAAUCAACUCAUACAUGUUUAUGGUUAGAUUGUUGUCGAAAUGGUCGAGCAUUUAAAGCAAAAUAUAAAUUAGUUAAUCAUAUACGUGUUCAUACCGGUGAAAAACCAUUUGCUUGUCCAUUUGCACGUUGUGGAAAAGUAUUUGCACGUUCAGAAAAUCUUAAAAUUCAUAAACGAACUCAUACAGGAGAACGACCAUUUCGAUGUCAAAUUUGUGAACGAUGUUUUGCAAAUAGUUCAGACAGAAAAAAACAUCAACAUGUACAUACAUCAGCUAAACCAUAUAAUUGUCGAAUAAAUGGUUGUGAUAAAACUUAUACACAUCCAUCAUCAUUACGUAAACAUAUGAAAAUACAUGAAUCAUCAUCUGAAUCUACGAAUGAAUCACGUACAAAACGAUUAAAUAAUCAACAACGUACUUGUUCACCACAAAUAAAUAAUUCUUUAACAACAGAUAGUUGUUCACAAUCACCAUCUUCAUAUGAAAAUCUAGCACCAAUAAAAAUUCAACCAUCUUAUAUGCAAACUAUGAAUGUUUAUCAUCAUCAUCAUCCAACGAAUUUUCCACAACAUUAUACUGAACUUAAUUUUUAA